GGAUAGCACAGCAGUUUCCAUCACCACUGCCUAACGCACACCUGCUGGGAGCCUGCACUCUCUGCCAGCUGCCGCGUCUACAUUCUUCAUUUUUGGCCGCUUCAGAACUGGAACCCAGCUCAACUGAGGUGACAUCACAGUUCUAGUGCUCCAAGCACGGUGACCAACGAACGGAAGACCUCCCUCGUUGCUGCGUCUCUUCCGACUGCUAUACAUCCGAGACAGCCGCCGCCAUGGGCUCGGCCUUGUCCGCGUGCACUUCGAGAAACAACACCGGUGCAUCCGGGUUCCCCGAAAUCACGCAGAGGGUCUUCGACAGGCAACCAAACUGGAUCGUCCCGCCCACAAGAUGUCACCAGCGCGACAACCACCACCCAGCCCGCUACCGGACCCCUACACCCUAUCCCAAGCAAGACAGGAAACGACUACAAGACGGCCCCGACAAGAGCUUGACGACCCACUACAACACAGGAAAGGCGAUGGUCAUGGAGAGGCCAGCCGUCCGACGAAUUCAAGACGCCGCCCGCCUGCCGCGCAAGCCGACACUCAGGUCACCGCCAACACCGCACUCCCCGCAUCCGCAGAGCCCCAUCACCAUAACCUGGGACGUCGCCCCGCGCCGGAACCGUUUCGAAAGGUUCGGAUAACGGACCAACAAUCGUGGUCUUCGGACGCAAAGAAACAGUCGGGUCUCAGCUGGCCGGCCCAGCAGAGAGUGGAUGAUAUGAAAGAUGUGUCACGACCCUGGACCUGUCUACCUAUCGCUUCAUGAAGACAAAGCACUCGCACACCAUACGCCGAAACACACACGCACAUGAGAGACAGACGGUGUCCUGGCCCGGAGAUACGAGUCUCCCCGCCUACAACGCACAUACGGGCCGGUAACAACAGCAACAUCAUCAUCAACGGCCACAACGGCGGCGGCAGCAGCAGCGUGCAGCCCUGCCGUACCAAGGGCCUGCCAGACUUGUCGCGUACCUCACACCGCCCGCAUCGCUAUCGUGGUGCUGAAUGGCCCGUCUUGUCUCCAGCCGCCACUCAUUUGUCUGCACGCCGGACGAUGCGCAGUCACCCUCGCUCGCUUCUUUUCCUCGUCAGAGCUCGCCAUGUUCUGUUUCUGAUCACUCGGGUGGGUCGGCGCAGUUGGAGUGAAAAAGGACUGGCUGUGGACGGAGGAAAGAUCUGCAGUGUGAGGCAAAGAAGAUUUACCCCCUUGAUUUGGUGUUGUGUAUGGGAAGGGGUGGCGUGGCAAACCGGUCACCGUCUCUUUCGAGCAUCUCAUUGAUGCUUCGAUGGUGUUUUUCCGAAGGGGAAAGAACAGCACGCUUGUUGCGUUACCGGGCUUCCCUUCUUUUCGGGUGGGAGGGCCUAUCGCUUGUUGCACCUUUUCCUUCCAUUGUAUCCAUGGGUAUGAGCAUGUACAAUUGGGGCGAGUCAAUCUGGGCUUGGGCGUCGGGCAAAAGGGAAUAGCAAUGCAUGAUUAGAAUGUAACCUAGCGUGGAUGCAUGGCUAGUGGUUGGAAAGGAUAUUUGUUUCUGGGCCUGCUCGUUACCACCGAAGGUGACGAAAAAGGGGGGAAGGAUCCCAGCGGCGGGCCAAAUGAGACCACACACACCAAGCAGUCUGGCGCCGCCCCUACAGCUCUUUAAUAACUCCCUGGGUAGGGUAUUGCGCCUCUUGGCACACUUGUU